CCCAGGUCAGGUCAGGUAGGUACAGGUAGCGCAGGAGAUGCACGAUCAAAAGCUGAAAUGAGCGCCGCACACUGUUCCAUGUCCACUUUCCCUUGCCCCUCUUGCUUCCAACAGCACUCCCAUCUUUGAGAUUCCUUCGUCGAUCUGCUUACCUUCAUAGAUACAUACAGGCUGCCUUCGCAGUGACUUGUGAAAAUAUCUUAAUCGGUGUGACCAGGGAGGGCUACAGUACAACAACAACAACCACCACAAUGGCAAACAAAAGCAGCGUGACACGCUUCCCCAGGAUCAAGGAGAUCAAGACCUUCAUCAUCCAGGGUGUGGGCUCGGGGGGUGAUUAUCACAAUGUGAAGGGUGGCCAUUGGUUGAUUGAUUCCAAGAUCUCGACGCCAAUGUCUGGCUAUGAGGCAUAUCGUACCUCGCGGACCAGCUGGGGCAUCAACGUGCUCGGAUCCUUUUGCGUGGAGAUAGAGGCAGACGAUGGCACGAAAGGCUUCGCGACCGGUUUUGGUGGACCUCCAGCGUGCUGGCUGGUCGCUGAACACUUUCGCAGGUUCCUGAUUGGUGCAGAUCCGCGCGAUACAAACCACCUGUUCGAACAGAUGUACCGGGGGUCCAUGUUCUAUGGCCGCAAAGGUCUCCCCGUUGCCGUCAUAUCGGUCAUCGACCUCGCGUUGUGGGAUCUCGUGGGCAAGAUCAGAAACGAGCCAGUAUACAAGCUGAUUGGUGGCGCUACGCGGGAGAGGCUGAACUUCUAUUGUACGGGCCCAGAGCCAGCUUCCGCGAGAGAUGCGGGCUUCACUGGUGCAAAGGUAGCACUUCCCUACAGUCCAGGUGAAGGUCCGGAGGGCAUGAGAAAAAACAUCGAGUAUCUGCGAAAAAAGAGGGCUGAAGUGGGCCCGGAAUUUCCCCUACGUGUGGACUGCUACAUGAGUCUGAAUGUUCCAUAUACAAUAGAGCUGGUCGAGAAGUGCAAGGAUCUGGACAUUGACUGGUGGGAGGAAUGUCUCUCUCCUGACGACUUCGAUGGCCACGCGCUGAUCAAGGCGGCCCAUCGGACGGUCAAGUUCACCACCGGCGAGCACGAGUAUUCCCGAUAUGGCUUUCGCAAACUGAUCGAAGGCCGCAAUAUUGACAUUCUGCAACCCGAUGUCAUGUGGGUGGGAGGUUUGACCGAGUUGCUGAAGGUGUCUGCGAUGGCGGCAGCAUACGACAUUCCGGUGAUACCUCACGCGAGUGGCCCCUACUCGUACCACUUUGUAGUCUCGCAGCCGCACAGCCCAUUCCAGGAGUAUUUGGCGAACUCGCCCGAUGGCAAGAGCGUGCUGCCCGUUUUUGGCAAUCUGUUCACCAACGAGCCCAUCCCCACCAAUGGCUUUCUGGAUGUAUCCGUUCUGGACCUACCUGGAUUUGGCCUGGAGCUCAACCCUGCGGCGCCUCUGAUCGACGCCGCCGGUAUACUCAACCCAUCACCAUCACGAUCUCUGCCGGCGCCGGAGCAAGAGCACCCGGACCGGACUAUCAACGGGUCGUCCGCAUGAGCUGGGCGUUGCGUGAAUAGAUGAAGAGUCGAUCAGCGCGGUCAGAUGCGCAUGAUGGGAUAUUGGAUGGAUGGUCGGACUGGGGCUGGGAGCACAUGGUGAUAGCGCGCGCGCAAGUACCUGUGGUGUGUGCAGGAAUUGCUUAUAUAACGGUGGAAGGAG